CAACCAUUCGCCACCCAACUGUCAAUUAUUAUUGUCAAAAAGAAAAGCAGUGAUUGGAGAAAAUGAACUUAGAAAAGAAUAGCAAUUCACCAACAACUCCGACUUCGUCUCGCAGUGCCCUUAUGCGCCGGCGCAAACGUUCUACACCACAUCUCGUCACAUUGCUGAGGAAUCCGGGCAUUGCAAAGGAGCUACGGGAGCUGCAAUACGACGAAGAAAAUGAGAAAAACUCCUCUGCGGUAGAAGCAGAAACUUCGGCGCAAUCGACGUCACAGAUCAGCGACGACAGUGGCAUCGAUGUCAGUCAGGAGGACGACGCAACAAAGAAGCCUACACACAGCUACACCCUCCGCAAGAGAUACAAGGAUCCUCUCUAG